AUACUGCCUACAUUAAUGGCGGAACUAGGACGCCUCUUCUUCUUCACAGCACCAACAAGUCUACCUCAAUUGCAAUUAGGGUUUCUCUACUCGCGGCGGUUAUCUUCAACAACUCGUCUUCCUUUUCCCACGAUGGCCUGCGUCGAAGCGAAGAGCAACAGUCCUGAUGUGAAGGAGCCCUUGGCGAAACUCCAGAAGCUCGAUUCUGGACCCUUCUUCAAAGUGAAGAAGCUCUCCGAGAAAGCCGUUCUGCCUACAAGAGGCUCACCUCUCUCCGCCGGCUACGAUCUCUCCAGUGCCGUGGACUCGAAAGUUCCGGCGAGAGGUAAGGCGCUUAUCCCGACGGAUCUCAGCGUCGCUGUCCCUGAAGGAACCUACGCGAGAAUCGCUCCGAGAUCUGGUCUCGCCUGGAAGCACUCGAUUGAUGUGGGAGCGGGAGUCAUCGACGCAGAUUACAGAGGACCGGUUGGUGUGAUUCUGUUCAAUCACUCGGAUGUUGAGUUCGAGGUGAAGGUGGGAGAUAGAAUCGCGCAGAUGAUAAUCGAGAAGAUCGUGACGCCGCGAGUCAUGGAGGUUGAGGAUUUGGACGCGACUGUUCGUGGUGAUGGUGGUUUCGGGUCUACUGGUGUUUAAGUAGUUUCUAUCUUCUUCGUUGUGCUUUUGUGCCGUCUCUUAGUAAGUUUAGUGUUAUUUGGUCGAACAGAUUGUGGGCAUGGUUUCAUUUUAAGAUAUUUUCUUCAUUAUAA